AUGGAGUGCGUGAACGAGUACUUUGUGACGAUGAACGCCAGCAUACGGACGUUCCAAGAGCACGAAGUACGAGCCGCGCUCCGGUCCUAUUUCCAAGGCCAGCCUCCUGCCGAUCCAGGUUGGCGAAUGGCCGUGAACGCCAUCGUUGCACACACUCUCCGCAAGAGGAAUCGUAUGCGAAACAAGGAAGAGUACCAAAAGUACAUUCAUAAUGCCCUUGGGAUGGUCCCCAAUGUCAUUAUACGCACACCAACGCCCCUGACAAUAGGGGCACUGUUGUCGACAGUCCUCUACUUCAGCUUCACAUCUGAGAAUCAUGUCGCUUUGACACUUAUGGGUCUCACCGUGCAGCUCCUCUUGAUGGCGGGCUACCACCGUCCGGAGCCCGACCCGUCCUACGCAACCGCCGAGAGCUUGAACCCUGUGAAUCACCUCCACCGUCGCCGCCUCUUCUGGCAGGCCUAUAUCAUCGACCAUGACCUCAUGCUACGUAUCGGCAAGCCUCCGCUCAUCAGCGACGACUUUCUCCUCGACCUACCCGAGGAGCACCCGGCAGAUGGAUACAGCAUGUACUAUUACCCCAACGAUGUGACGCUCAACUUCUUCCUCCAGCAGGUCCGCCUCGCCCAGAUCCAGGGCCGUAUUGCCGGUGCGCUGUACCACCGUACCGGCGUCCCGCCCGCUGAGCUCGAGGCUGAGAUCCGCCGCCUCGACGCCGACCUGCAGGAGUGGCGCGAGAGCAUUCCCCCGAUGAUCCGCGCCGAAAACGUUGAAGCGCUGCUAGACGGCGACUAUCACAGGAUGGUGUGCUUGACAACGCUGCAUUUCACGUACUUCCAGCUCGUCGUGGCAAUCCACUCGGCUGCUUUCAGGUUGCCUCUGCUGGAGGACCAGGAGGGUACGGAGGCCGGCGAUAUAGGCCCGAGUCUUGCCCUGUGUGUGAGCGCGUCGCGUGCCGCCAUCUCACUCCUGAACUACCAUCAGAUUGAACACCCGUAUACACCGUAUCUGCUGUAUCAGAUUGCUUGGAGCGUAGACAUCCUCUUUGUCAACAUCCUCCAGAACAAGACCAACCCUCGCGCACGUCGCGACCUCGACCUCAUCCGCACCGUAAUCUCCUUCUUCGAGAAGUACGACCCAGAACACCAGUCUGUCGUGUCGUACCAUGUCAUUAAAGUUAUCGCGGACGUCGCCGCUUCCGUACUCGCAAACACCCCAACACUGCCGCCGCACAUGCUCCCCGUCUCGCGUGGACCCUCUGCUGCCUUCCAACAACCUCAGCAGCCUUCGCAGGAUAUUUCGAUGCCGGCAGGGGUACCCACGGAUGCCUUCUCUCCCCCGAUGGGAGGGCCCGGGUCGGCCCGUAGCGGCAGCAUCACCAGUGGUACUGCCGACGUCCUAGGUCCCAUGACGAGCCUCUCCAUGUCCGACGCGCAGCAGCAGCAACAGCAGCAGCAGCAAGGCUUCAUGAACCUCGGGGCGGGGCUGACGCAGCCUAAUGAGGGCCAGUUCUUCACCGGGUUCAUGGACAUAGCCGCCGACUGGCGGCUGCCGUUGGAUUACCAGCCGGAGCUGUGGCAGUAUGACAGUCUCUUGGAUAACCAAUUUCCCAACCAGAACUGA